GUUAUUAGUAGUCGUCGCUGGCCGUCGAAUAGCGUCUUGUUCACUAAUUUACCAAAUAUUUUGUGUGAAAAGUUUAUAAGCAAUUCAUAUUAACAUCUACCAAAUCCAUAACUGAGUUGAAAUGAUGCUACCUAACAAGCCCCUCUCCCAGGCAAACCAUCGACCAAUAGAAAACAAGUGUUGUGGGGUAGCCUUCCUUAGGCAUCUCAUUCAUGUCUAUAACUGCCUGCUCAUGGUGUCAGGGUUGGGCGUGCUGGCAGUCGGUUUAUAUGCAUUCUUCCUAACACAUCACUACACGUCGAUUAUCGGUGGCCACUUUGAUUUCUACAUGGCUUCCAUUUAUCUGCUGAUCGGGACGGGUGGUCUGAUCAUCAUGGUUGUCUUCGUGGUUGGGUGCUGUGCCGUCUGCCAGAAGAACCGAACUUGCAUCAUUCUGUACUCAGUGUUGUUGUUGGUUGUCUUGUUACUGGAGACAUGUGCUGGAGUUGUGGCUUACCUUUAUGAAGCUCUGUUGAAGAGUCACCUCUCAGUGAAGCUGAGCAACUCCAUCUUGUAUCAGUACCACAAUGUACCAUCUGUACAGCAGUCUCUGGAUCAUCUGCAAAUUAAUCACCAAUGUUGUGGUUCUACAUCCUACAAAGACUGGCUAUCGAGUGAAUGGUACAUGUCAGUUGAGCACAAUCCUUACAAUGCAUCAGUUCCCAUAUCUUGCUGCAAGUCCCAGGAAGUUGCUGGCUGCGCCAACGCCCAUCAACCUGACAUUCACAUGAAGGGCUGCAUGAAAUCGUUUGAAGGCUUGAUAAACGAGCAGUUGAUUUUGAUUGGUGGGGUGGGGUUAGGAUUGUGCUGUUUGCAGAUCUUUGGUAUCGUUGUGUCAUGUUGCCUUGCUAAGAAAUUGAGGAAAUGGAAAACAAGAGAGAACCAAUACUGGGAGUGAAAGAUAUAAGUGGAUGUUCGAUAUCAAACUAAAUUCUUUCUGAAGUUGCAGGCAAGUGUUCAACACCAAACUGUAGUCACUAUCUUCUAUAUUUGAAGCAUUCAAUGUCCUAUUUAAAGUCAUUUUUGAGAUGAUUUUUUAAACAUUAUUUGAUUGAAAAAGUCUGGAAUUAUUUGUGGUUCUUCGUGUUUUUAUGUCUAUGUUUUAUGCCUUUUAAUUCAUUGCAUUUAACUUAUUUGUGUUUGUGUGCUUGCCUUUAUAUUAAUAAAUAAAUAAACUAAUAAAUAUAAAGGCUAAUAAAUAAAACUCCUCAGACAAGUGUU